AUGCCUCGCAGUUUAAAAUGGCAGCAAAAACAGAUAUAUAACUCGGUGUCCCCUACGGUUACAGUUUUCUGGGGUGCAGGUGAAGAUCAUAAGGCACAGAAGCUAACUCUACCUCUUGACCGAUGCUUAAACUACAACUCUGCAGCUGACGCCUUGAAACGGCUAGUGGCUGAUUGUGCUCCUGCUGGUUUCGGCAUUGGGGGCGAAGACGUUAUUGAUCCUGGGUAUCGCAAAGCAGGAAAACUUGACCUCAAACAAUUCGCGACCAAUUUCGACCUAUCAGCCUUCGGAAUCCUUGACAAUGUGGAGCAGAUCCUACUCCCAAGGUUCAACACCGCGGAAGAGGACCGUCUACCGUUCCGGAAGUUGAAGGCUGAGUUGUACAAACUGAAUGUAUACUCUGGUCCAUCUGGGCUUUUCAAGAAGCAUGUCGACACGCCCCGAUCUGAGAGUCAGAUUGGGCCGCUCGUUGUCUGCUUGCCAUCGCCAUUCAAUGGUGGUAAUUUGGUUGUUCAACACAAGGGCAAAGAGGUCGACUUCGACUGGAGUCAGAAAAGCGAAAACACGAUUCAGUGGGCUGCACUCAACAGCGACUGCGGUAUUCUUGGUAUCUAUUGCUCCCAUUCCUAUCCGCAUACAUCUCCCGAGGUCAAGGCACUACUGCCGAAGGCGCUCAAGGGCGCUGAUCUUGAGCUCUCCUCUGUUCUCAAAGACCUAGGCAUGCAUGUUGAGCUGGAACGCUACAUUGCCACGGAUGAGGGCGAACAAAUGGAAAUCAGCGACAUCAUAAGCAGCACUCGAAACGUUGAGUAUUUGCCGGGAAUUGCGUGGAUUGACUCCGAGAAACAUCAGGAGAUGGACUUUUCCUACGUGGCCUAUGGUAACGAAGCCUCUAUUGGCACAUUGUUUUCCUCUGCUGCGCUUAUCGUUGGGAUCCCACCAUUCCUCAAGCGAGAGGAACUUGCUUCAGCCCAAGUUUGUGUCAAUGAAAUGGUCAACCCCGACAACACCAUCUUUCACUGGGGCGGCGUGAAGAUAGCAAGAAUAUCACCUGAAAUUUUCGUCAAAUUUGGAUUCCAUGCCACAUUGAGCGAGGCGAAAAACAUGAGCUUUGUAGGACAAAAUACGGAAACUCUCCCAGUGCCGAAAAUAUUCGCUUGCUACUCUUACGGCCCGAUACACCGAGAUAUCAAAGAUUACGGUAGCCUCUUUGAUACUUACAUGUUCAUGAGUUUUGUGGAGGGUCAGACUCUCGAUAUGGUCUGGGAAACUUAUGAUGAGGAUACGAAAGUCCAUGUCCCCAACCAGCUCAAGGAAUAUCUCCGCGAAAUUCGCAGUAUUCCCAACGGUAACUAUAUAGGCUCGGCUGAUUCUGGCCCCGUUACCGAUCCGAUCUUGGAGACUUACCAUGUCAGAGGACCGUUCGACUCCAAAGAAGCCUUUAAUAACACAAUUGCUGAUGCCUAUCAAUCCACAGCACCAAAACUUCAUAUCAAGAAUUUCUUGUAUGGUAUGCUGUCCCAAAACAAACACCACGUUGUGUUCACCCACGGAGAACUACGCCACCGGAAUAUUUUGGUCAACGAUGGAUCUGUCAGCGGGAUUGUAGAUUGGGAGUUAAGUGGCUAG